UACUAGUAUAGCACAUAUUCUAUAAUAACACAAAAUAAAUUUAAAUUAAUGGGACAUUAAGUAUAGUACUAACUAUUUUUGCCAUAUGAGAUUUUUGAAUGCUAUUGAAUGACAUCAAUGGUACCUAUAAGAAACGCUCACAUGUUAAUAUUAAUAAUGCCAAACGCGCGCAUUUCUCUCGAACUUUUCUAGGAUCAAGAUUGUGCAUCAUUGCUUCUUCUUCUUUUUUCCUUUCAUUGUCAAGGUAACUUUUCUCAUUAAAUCAAAUCACGUUGUUGUUUAAUCAUCAUUAUUUAGCUUUAAUGUGAAUUUCUUAUUUAUCUAUUUCUGAGUCAGAUUUGUUGUGCGCAUUUGCUUAGUUUCCAGUUAUCUUGUUUCAUUGGGAUAAUGGGGAUAAUGGGUUCCAAUUGUUUUUCCUGUGUUAUGUAUCUUAAUUUCUUUGAAUGUCAUUUGUUUUUUUUCGUAAUCAUGGCUAUUGUACCCGAUCUAGGAUUGUUUGGUUCUAACAAAUGCUUAAAAGCAUUGUUCAGAAAAUUUAUAGAGAGAAUUUAUUUUAUAAAAUGUUCAUGCUAACAAAUGCUUAAAAACUGUGAUGGAUUUUCACAUAAAAAACUGUAUAUUGUCUGUAUGGAUGCAAUUUAGCAUUGAAUUACCUAAAGUCUUACUGAUUAUUGGCACAUUGUACAGAUUGAAGAGAUCCAAUGAGGUCAUCAUCAUUUGCCAGGAGGCAGUUUACAAAGAACGAAGUGGGUAGUUGGUCAAUACUCAUAAUGAGGCACCGCUAUCUGUUAUCUGUUUUAGCUCUACUAACUAUCUUAUGUACAGUUUAUCUUUACUUUGCUAUUUCUUUUGGGUCUAGAGAUUCAUGUUCUGGAUUGCGUGGUCCUAAGAAAGCUUCUUGUCUUAUGGAGAUUGUUAAGAGCCAGAUGAGAAGUACUGCCACCAGACAUUUCUGAUUUUCAAAUAUAGGCAAGUUUAUGUUGGUGAUUUUAUGUGAGGAUUAUUAUAUGUAGGUAGUUAUGUAUUAUACAAAUACUACUGUUGAAUCAUCUUGGCAUGUAUUUGUGAACCAAGAAAUGGAUAAGGUGUGAAGAAACCAUUUCCUUCAUUGCUAAUUUUGGUGAUUAUUUUCCUUUGUAGCUGUAUAAAGAAUCUUUUGACAUUCUA